AAACAAACACACCUCGAUUUACUUUAUAUUAUAGGGUACGAUCUACGAUAUUCCCUUGACAUAUAUGCUCAAGGAAUAUAUAAUUUGCAUAUCCACCGUCUUCUCCUUUUUGCAAUCCUUUAUUAUUUUGUCCUUUUUUCAUCAAUUUAAUAUAUAUAUUAAACCUUAUAUAUACCCUUCUACAACUUCAUGUUCCUCAUAACAAAUUUAAAGUCUCAAACUCACUACAAGCUACAAAACUUCUUUUUAUUUUUUCACUUAAAACAUAUUCACACACACUAACUUUCUAUAUACAUAUAGCUUAUAGUAAAACCAUAUAAAAAAUUUUAAUCAAGGUCUAAGUUAUCAUGGAUAUGGUGAUGAAGUUGGGAUCAGAGAGUCCAGUGGUGAUUCUUAGCAAGAGCACUUGUUGCAUCUCUCACAGCAUCGAAACCCUAAUUCGAGGUUUUGGAGCAAACCCUAUGGUUUACGAGCUCGAUAAACUUUCAAAUGGGAAGGAAAUGGAGAAGGCAUUGAUUGAAUUACUAGGGUGUAAAUCAAGUGUGCCAGCAGUGUUUAUUGGAGAAGAGUUUGUUGGUGGUUCAAAUGAGAUUAUAAGUCUUAAUGUUAGAGGCAAGCUUAAAAAAUUGCUUCUAAAGGCUAAUGCUAUUUGGAUAUAGAGAUCAAUUUAAUAGCUAACAAAGUAGUCAAGGACGUAACCAGAAAUUUUCACUAAGAAAAAUUCAAUAUAUAUAUAUAUAUAUAUAAAAAGUGAAUAUACAAAUAAGUUAAUGAAUUAUAAAGAUCAAAAUUUACUAGCUAGCUAACAUGUUUAGAUUUUGAAACCUUUCAUUGUAGCGGUUACAAGUCUCACAUUUCCUAUUUUGAUGUAUUAGUACAUAAUAAUAAGGUUCAUUUAUAUAUAUAUAUGUUUUAUUUUAGUAACUUCUAUAUUAUUAUUAUUUUUAGACAAAACUUUUAUAUUAUUGUUGCAUUACUAAUACUUUUUUCUAAUAUAGAUCUUGCAAAAGUUAUUCCUCGUUAUAUGGAAGUGCAUUAUUCAACAUGUUCUUAUUUUCUUUUAUAUAUUGCGGGGAAGAGGUUGAGUUUUCUAAUUAGGUUUAUAAAAUAGAAUACAUAAAUAAUGAAAGUGCUGGAGUAAAUGUUUGUUAAAUAAAAAUUAAAAUACACUUAUAUUUUUUUAAUUAUAUUUUUAAUACGUCUUUCUUUUAAAAUAGAUAUCGAUGAGAUACAAACCUAUGAACCGAGAAAAAGAGGGAGAGAGUGCAAUUUGCAGACGAAAAAUAAGAAUAAUGGUAUGGUUGAGACGCUAGGAUUUGACCUUACUCUUUCUAUUUAGAUAAAUUACUUAUAUUCAGCGAGCAUCACAAUAAGUAUGCUAUUAUCAUUUAGUAAUCACAAUAAAUAUGCUAUUAUCAUUUAAAAUUGAUAUUAAUUUAUUUCUGGCUCAAAAUUGAUAUUAAUUUAUUUAAAAACAGGAAUGACAGUUUUGACUCCUUCAAA